UGCCCAACACUUGAGCAAAAUAGCGUCUUUGGAUUCACAGCUGGCAUCACCACUGGCGUAUUGUGCAUUUAUUUUUUUUAUUUUUUGCAAUGUCGCAGCGUUCUGUCCAAAACAAAAUGAAGAAAAUGGUUGUUAGAAUUCCCCGGCAUCCGUACUUGAAUUUGCACGGCGACCAUUUGUUGCAAGAGAAUCGUGUACGCAAAUGUCGCGUUAAUCUAGAGCGCUUGAAGAUGUCCCCGAAACAAUUGAAGCCAAAGCACGUUAAGGUGUGCGUGUGUCGCCUGCCAGAAUAUUUCUUUACGGAGCGCAGUGAGGUUUCUGUGACACCAGCCGCUUCCAUAAUCAACUCCGAAGUGGAAGAGGAAAGAGGAAGUGACACGGAAUAGCUUGAGCAAAUGCGAAGGAGAAGGUAUCUGGGGACAAGCAGAAAGAAGGAGGGAAAAGAGACUUGCCCACAACUUGUCACUAGCGGGCAAUACAUAUAAAUAUAUGGACUAACACAAAUAUACAUACACACAUCGCAUUGUCGUCUACAAACUUCUAUACAUAGCCUUAAGCAACAAUUAUUUGUAUUACCGUAAAUGCAUGCAUACAAAUAUGUAUGCUUUCAUUUCGAAAAUACCACAACAGUAGCUAGUAUUGGUUAGCAGUUAAUCAACAUUAAUCAGAUGUACAUUGCUCUAACCAAUUGCCGUUAUAGUUGAUCCAAUAUUUUUUUAGUUUACAAAUACAAAAAAAAACAUUUGCCAAAA